ACCUAAGACAAGAUAGAAAGAUAAAGAUAGAUAAGAAAAGAUAAGUUUCCAGGAAAAGUAAUUAUUCUUUAGACCUAAAACACUCAUAGGCCUCAAAGACCCUGAGAACAGUUCCUGGCCUCACCUGUGUGUUGAACUGUCCGAGGAAACAGGAGAGUGCAUGGAGCAGAGAAGCUCUUGCAGUGUGGUGGGAAGGGAUGGGAGGGUUUAUCUCCAGCCUGGAAGAGGCAGUUGGGCAGUUUGUUCCUUGGGAAUUUUGUGAAGGGAAAGGGGGAGUUUGCACAUGCCAUAAUCCCCAGACUUGUGGUGAGUGAGUGGGUUCUGGCAUCCGGUGGAGCCUGGGGGUGAGGAUGUUCAGCUUGUCUUUGAAUGAUGCUCUUCAGGUCUUCCUUGCACACUGCAAGAUUGCUGACCCAGCCACGGAUCCUCGAGUGCCUUACACAGCUCACUCGUACCACAUCCACCCACCAAGUUUUCACUGGUUUAGCUGAAUGUGUCAUUUAAUGGAUUUAACUGUGGGGGAGAAGUGCUGUCAGUGCUGUAAGCAAACAAAGUUAGUGACUUAGAUGCAUUAAAGCACAAACUGAGGAAAAAGAGGAGUACAGCCCCAGGAGAACAAAGGCAGGCACCGGGAGUGGCAGUAGGACAGGAAUUACAAUGUCAAUUUGUCUUUACAUGAUUUUCCAUUACUAUUGCAGAAGUAUGUCAUUAAGGUGUAUUCUUAUCUCCCUAACUCCUUUCUGAUGUCACAUCAGCCUGGCAGCUGGAAAGGUGUUCCCUCCCAGGGUUACAUGUGUUUUUAGAAGCAGGAUGCUGAACCAUCCCAGGUGCCUGAGCCCUCAGGUGCACUGGACCAAGGAGGAGAAUUACAUGUUCAGGCUCUCAGCGUUCCGGGCUCCCUUGCAGAACUGGCUCCGGGACAACCCACGUGCCGUUUUUCCUGACCCUUUCUACCAGAGCGUGCUCCGCUGGCUGGAUGAGGACCUGCCAGACCUGUCGGUGUCCCGCGAGCGGAGCCGGCUGCAGUGGGGCAUCCCCGUGCCCGGUGACCCCACCCAGACCAUCUACGUGUGGGUGGACGCCCUGGUGAACUACCUGAGCGUGCUGGGGUACCCCGAGGGGCACGGCGCGUGGUGGCCGGCCGUGCACCACGUCGUGGGCAAGGACAUCCUCAAGUUCCACGCGCUCUACUGGCCGGCGCUGCUGCUGGCGGCAGGGCUGGAGCCCCCCGAGCGCAUCCUGGUGCACUCCCACUGGACCGUGCGGGGCCAGAAGAUGUCCAAGAGCCUGGGCAACGUGGUGGACCCCGGCGCGUGCGUGGGGCAGUACGGCGUGGACGGGUUCCGCUACUUCCUGCUGCGGCAGGGCGUCCCAGAGAGGGAUUGUGACUACUAUGAUGAGAAGGUGGUGAAGCUGGUGAAUUCGGAGCUGGCAGAUGCGCUCGGGGGGCUGCUGAAUCGCUCAACAGCCCCCAGCAUUAACCCCAGCAACACCUACCCACGCUUCUCAGAGCCCUGCUUCCCAAAGAUCCCGGGUUCCGGGGAGGCAAAGGGCACGGGCAGGGCGUGCGCCGAGGACUACGAGCUCGUGGCGGCGGUGGCCUCGCUGCCUGCGCAGGUGCACGCUCAUUUCGAAGGCUUCCAGAUCUACAAGGCUUUGGAAUGCAUUGCCCAGUGUGUGAGGCAGACCAACGGCUUCUUCCAGAGGCACAGGCCUUGGAAGCUGGAGCGAAGGGACGCUGCGGAGCAGCUCUGGCUGGACACCAUCCUGCACGUGACGCUGGAGUGCCUGCGCGUGUACGGGACGCUGCUGCAGCCCGUGGUCCCACACACGGCAGACAAGCUGCUGUCCCGGCUGGCUGUCGGGCCAGCAGAGAGGGGGCUCUCUGGUCUGACGUUCCUGGCACGCUACCAUGGAGAGCCGUGUCCCUUUGAGGGGAGGCAGCUCGGACCUGACACUGGCAUCUUGUUCCACAGGCUGGGCAAGUCAGAAACUCUGAAGAAGAGAAAGCAAGAAGCUCAAAUCCCUGACAAACAGCUUCUGUGAAUAAAAGCUUCUAGGAAUUCCUGGAAAA